ACUCUAAAAGCUUCACUCGCACUUUUACCUCAACUGUUUAAAGUGUUUUCACUUUUACCUACUGUUUUUCAGUUUUCGAGGCGAUUUGCAUAUACAGAAUUUAAUACUGUGUGUGUGUGUGUAAUGUUUGACUUUUAGAUUCGUCUUGAUUUGAGGCAAAGAGUAUAUGUGAUUUGUUUAAUCAGUGAGGCAACUACUCUGGAGUUUCUAUCUUGUACUACAUUAACUAUUAUUUAAUUCAAAUGUGUGUAACUAAUUAUAUAUUUUAAUGUUUGAAUUUGUGAUUCAGUCUUGAUUUCUGCUAUAUUUAUGAUGAAUUUAAUUGGAUCAAGCUACUUUUCAGGAGUUUAAAUUCGCAUUAAUUUAAUAUAUUUCAAAUUUAUCAGUUUAGUCUACAUAUUUAGGCAUUAGGUUAACUUUUUGAUGUGUGUUGAGGUGUAUGUUUGUUGAUUUCAAUUUUGUGAAGUGAUUUGUCGAGAUGUGUAAAUUAGAUGAAAAGAGGGAAGAGAAAGAGAAGGAGAGGAGAAUUAUUAUGAAGUUUGUUGGUGAAAUUCAUGAAGAAAGACAGAAUUUGAUGAUUUCUCAUGCUCGAACGUUACUGUGGAUUGUUCGAGGAAUGACAACGUUGUUGCUUUGGAGUUUUGUUAUUCGGUUGUUGACAAUGGGGGAGGUUUGGGGUCCGAGAUUGUUGAAGACUUGGCCUUCUUGUUUUACUCCAAAUAUGAGUGAUCAGGUUGAGGUUUUGCAUGUGCAUCCGAAUGUUUAUUAUCCGCCUAAGAGAGUGUAUAAAAACAAUGGGUAUCUUAUGGUUUCUUGCAAUGGAGGACUCAAUCAAAUGCGAGGAGCAAUCUGCGACAUGGUUGCUAUUGCAAGAUAUCUGAAUGUCACACUUAUUGUUCCAGAGCUAGAUAAAAGUUCAUUUUGGGCAGAUUCAAGUGAGUUCAAGGACAUAUUUGAUGUUAAUCAUUUCAUUACCUCCUUGAGAAGUGAGGUACGAAUUUUAAAAGAGUUGCCACCACGGCUUAAGAGAAGAGUGGAUCUUGGAAUGUUCUACUCAUUACCGCCUGUUAGUUGGUCCAACAAUUCCUACUAUCAGCAUAAGAUCCUUCCUUUAUUGAAAAGGUACAAAGUCGUGCAUUUGAAUAGAACCGAUGCUCGACUUGCAAAUAAUGGGUUGCCACUAGAGAUUCAGAAGUUGCGGUGCAGAGUUAAUUUUAGUGCUCUGAGGUUCACACCCCAAAUUGAGGAGCUGGGUAGGAAAGUUGUCAGCAUCUUAAGGCAAAAUGGCCCUUUUGUAGUCCUCCAUCUCAGAUAUGAGAUGGAUAUGUUGGCUUUCUCUGGCUGCAGUCAUGGUUGCAACAGUGAGGAAGUCAAAGAACUAGCAAGAAUGAGAUAUGCUUAUCCAUGGUGGAAAGAAAAAGAUAUAAAUUCAGACUUGAAAAGAAAAGAAGGCUUGUGUCCUUUGACACCUGAAGAAACUGCUCUAGUGUUAACUGCUUUGGGAAUCGAUCGUGAUGUUCAAAUUUAUAUUGCCGCUGGGGAAAUUUAUGGUGGAGAACGGAGAAUGGCAAACUUGGCAGCUGCUUUCCCAAAUUUGGUUAGAAAGGAGAAACUGCUGGAUCCUUCAGAAUUGGGGUAUUUCCGGAAUCACUCAUCACAAAUGGCCGCUCUGGAUUAUCUAGUUUCCUUGGAGAGUGACAUAUUUGUACCUACAUAUGAUGGAAAUAUGGCUAAAGUUGUUGAAGGUCAUAGAAGAUAUUUGGGAUACAAGAAAACUAUUUCAUUGGACAGAAAGCUUAUAGUUGAUCUGGUUGAUCAUUAUCGCACUGGAUCGUUAAGCUGGGAUGAAUUUGCUUAUACAGUGAAGGAGGCACAUGUAGAUCGUAUGGGGAGCCCAAGAGAGAGACUCGUGGUCCCUGAAAGACCAAAAGAAGAAGACUAUUUCUAUGCCAAUCCACAUGAGUGUUUGCAAUCCUUGGUUAAGCCUUUUAGGUACACAUGAUCGCUCUGUCAUUAUACAAAACUAGUUUUGAUAUAUAUACACUGCUCGUGUAUAGUCGUAGAGAAACAAUCAGACUUAGUGGUUACUGCAUGCUCAAAUUCGUUGAGUUUUUGGCUGGAGGGCAUGUCCCAGCAAGUUCUUUAAAGCAAAUUCGCUAUAAUUAUAUGUAAUGAUUUACACUAUAACUGUCAUUAUUCAAAUUCCUGUACAGAGAAUAAACAAAAUCCAGUUUUAGUUGCAAUUUAUGUACGCUUGUCAAUUGUCAAAAGUUUCUUGGUGUGUCUGAUCCAACAAGACCAAGUACAUAGAUUCAAGUGUUUGUCAA